AAUGCACAAACUAUACGGAAUGUUCAUAUAUACUUUGUCUUUCGAAUUUAAUGAAAAAUUAGUAAAAACAUGGAUGAAAAACUAGUUAAAUUUAGUUAGUAGUAGAGCAUUAUCAUUUUUUUUUAAUUGAAUAUAUACAGGGUGAUUUUAGAACGUUUUUAGUAAUUUAGUGCUAUAGUGUGAUUUGAUGAAGUGGUUCAUUUUACUAGUUUUUGAAUAAUGAGUGGCUACAGAUCAUAUAGUCCAUGGAAUAUCAAAACAACUUCUGGUACGAAUUAUUCUGGUAAAAACGAAAUCGCCGUUGGUAUUCCCAAGUAUGACUCAUCGUUGGGUAGAGCCAAAAAAACUGAAGAUGAAAAAAGUAGAAUCGGUUCCAGGUAUAAUUCUUUCUCUACCGGAUACCGGGACAACUUACCAUCUACAGGUUAUUCGGGAUCGACAAGAGCGAAACCUUUAUUGGAUAAAAAAGACUCCAGUCAUCCUCCAAUAACCUACAGACCAAUAACAAGAACCGGUUCCCGAUCGCGCGAUCCAAGUCCAGUAGAAAAAUCUGAAAAAAGCUCAACAUCUUCAUCGGGAUAUAAUUAUAAUAAAUUAUAUCCUAAACCGAUACAGAGAUCUGUAAGUAGAGAACGUACUGAAUCAAUUGGUUCGACAUCUAUAAUACCAAAAUUUGUCGGAAGAACAUCUUUAACUAAAGAAGAAUCGCCCAGAUAUGCGGGAAGAACGUCUGUUAAUAAAGAAGACGUAUCUAAAUAUUCCGGACGAUCUUCUUUAUCUAAAGAAGAACCAAUUUCUUCUUCUAGAUAUAAAAUAGGAGAUAGAACGUCCCCAAGAGAAGAUCUGUCUUCUUCUGGUUCACAAAAAUAUAUAAACAGUAGAUUCCUACCAAAAAAUAGUGUCGAGAAAAGUUAUACGGCGUAUUCUAGACCUUCUACAACAAGGACAAACGAAUCUAGUAGAAAAAAUAGAGAAUUACUCAACGUAUUACAUAUACAACAAGAACAAGAAAGACUCAGUAGAUCUCCUAGUAGAUGUUCUUCACUAACAACAGAAGAUAUUUCACCAAAAAAAGAUAUUAAAAAAGAAAUCGAAAUGGUAACGAUAACAGUUAUUACCAGAUCAACUUCCCCAACACAAAUGUCUCAACCUAAUAAUUUUUUACGUAGUAGGAGAUUGGAAAUUGCUAAAACAGUUGAAAAACAAAUAACCCGACCUAAAAAACCGAUUCAUACCAUGGUCGAUAAAGAAAUACAAUCAGAUCGAUUGGACGAUUCAACGAAAAUGUCGAGAUUCGUAGGAGCUUCCCGUAUAUCUUCAACACCUUGGUCUUCAUUUUUAGAUAUGAAAUUUUCCAGUCCAAAUUCGAAACCGAAAAAUUCUACUAACGAAUGUGAAAGUCCGAAAAGUUUAUCAAGAGAAAGUUCUUCGAAAAGCAUCCAACAUUCCUGCGUCAAACACGACAAAUCCAAAGAAAGUAAAUCGUCAAAGUCUAAAUUGCCUUUCAAACAAAAACAACUACCACCUCAAAUACCGAAAAGUGAAAACUCUUCUAAAACGAAUUCUUUACAUUCCUCCAAUCCAGCGAAUAAAGAUUUCAGAAAAUCGGUUUUAAAUAUGAAUCCCGAAGGAAGAUCCAAUAAGAAAAUCGGUAGACGUAGUCAUUCCGCAAGUUCAGCAGAUUCCGACGUUGCCGAUCCCGACGCAACCGACGUAUCCGAAAAUUUAGCAACUUGCAAAUCGUAUCAUUCAAAAAUAUCCGACGGAAAAUCGAAUCGGAGAUCUCCAAGUUCGGAAGCGAGCGUUAGCGCUACUACCAGUGGUAGCGAAGAAGAUAUAAAAAGCAAAAAGGAUAAUAAGAAAUUAAGAAGUGGAGGAUCUUCAAGAACGUCCGUUAACGUCUCUUCAGCCGAUGAAUUAUCUUCCGAUAAAUCCCCAAAACCUCCGCAAAGUCCUCGUGUUAAAGAUACGAAAAAUGAAGCUGAAGCUAAAUCUUUCCUAAUGAGAGCUCUAGCUCCAGUUACUAGUUUAUUUAAAACAAAACAAACAGGAUCACCGGAAAAAAUUGUGUCUCCAGUAGAAGAAGAUAAUAACGAAAACCAAAUAAAUACAAAUGUCACUAAAUUACCAGCGAAAAUAAUUAUCCAUAGAGUAGAAUCUGGAGAAUUACCUUGGUGGUUACAAGAAACUAGCGAAGCGACUAAAUCCGAACAAAAACAAUCCGAAGAGUCUAAUAAUACGAAAAAAUUAGUUUCUAUUAAACACGUCGAGUCCGGUGAGCUUCCUUGGUGGUUGGACGAAAACGGUGAGAUACCAGAAGGUAUUGAAACUUACCCCAAUUGGGUACAAGAAGACGGUACCACUCAAGACGGUAGAGUAAUUUAUAAAAAAAGAAACAACGAAUCCGACGAGAGUUCUUGGUGGCUUACCAGUACCGAAAAAACGGAUUCCAAUAAAAAUAAUCCGCUGGAUAGCGAGUAUUUAGAUCAACAUAAAUUGAGACAUAUAGAUUCGGGUGAACGCGCUUGGUGGUUGAACAGUUCGGAAAACGUUUCCGAAUUGGUAGAAGGAGUCCAAAAAGAUGAACAGAAAUACACAGUUCCCCAUCGAGAUACCGAAGAAACGCCAUGGUGGUUGGACGAUCAAGAUCAAAGUAACGAACCUCCUUUGGGCGAUAGAGCGAGUCCGGAAGGACUAGAGAUGCCGAAGGAUUCGGAAGGACGGCAAAGUCCUUACGAUAACGUACCUGCUAGUUACACUAAAAUCGAAAUUCCUCGACUGUUUAUUUCGAAACAUACUAAUAUCGAUGAAGUACUAGGAGGUAGUACGCAAGUUUGGAACCCUUAUUUGGAUAAAAUAUAUGGAUAUGGGAAUGAUGCGGAAACGACACGUGCUGAGGGUUGUUUCCAAGGGAAACAGACCGUGGGAAAUGUCCAAACCGGUAAAAUAGAAUAUGGACAAUCCCAACAAGUUAAGUUGGAUGAUGCGGCACUUCAGUUGUACAAAGAUGGCGAUUAUGGAUCUUAUCUUGACCUCGAGGCCUCUAUCAGCGAACAACAAGAAGAAUUUGAGGGUUUUCAAUCAAAUAAAAAGAAUUCGAUAGUUCUUAGGACGCAGCUAUCUGUCAGAGUUCACACAAUUAUUGAAAAACUGCUGACGUCUGAAGGGCGCGAACUCCGAAGAGCUCUGUUUUCGUUAAAACAAAUUUUCCAAGAGGAUAAAGAUCUCGUACACGAAUUCGUACAAAACGACGGGUUAUCAUGUUUGAUAAAAGUAGGUUCGGAAGCGGAUCAGAAUUACCAGAAUUAUAUAUUGAGAGCUUUAGGUCAAGUUAUGCUUUACGUUGACGGAAUGAACGGCGUUAUGGAACACAACCAAACCAUCCAAUGGCUCUACAGUCUCAUAUCUUCUAAAUUCCGAUUGGUAGUAAAAACAGCGCUGAAACUCCUGCUCGUAUUCGUCGAAUAUACAGAAUCGAAUUGUAUGUUAUUGAUAAAAGCUAUACGUUCAGUUGAUUAUUCGCAAGGUGUUUUCCCCUAUCACAAUAUAAUGAAAUUGUUGAAAGAUUUCGAAUCUGCCGAUACGGAACUUUUGAUCUACGCCAUGACGCUUAUAAACAAAAUCCUCGGUGGAGUCCCCGAUCAAGAUACUUAUUACGAUCAAAGCGACGCGCUCGAAGAACAAGAUUUGGAAUCUGUGAUUCAGAGAUACAUGUCGAAACCAGGUACAGAUUUAGAUCUGUUGCAACAGUUUCAAAUUUACGAAGCGGUACUGCAAUACGAAGACGGCGACGAAACCACCACACCGAUCAGACAUUUAGACGAGAGCUUGAGAAAAACGAUAAGGAAUAGAAAAUCGGUUGUAGAAUCGGCGGAAAGGAGAAAAAGUAGAAGACAUUCCACGGGAAAUACACCAGGAAUGAUUAGGAAUAAUUUGAUACUUCAAACUAAUAGGGAAGACGAAGAUGACGAAUCGUCGAGUUCCCAGAGCUCUGGGAUAAACAAUACGCAACUCAAUGGUAGCUAUAAGGAUAAUAAUAAAGCUUACGAAGCUGGCGUGACCCCAGCUUUAAAACGUCGCCGAGAAAGAGCCGAGAGACAAAGAAGUUUCAUGAAAGAACAAGAAUCGACGGGAUUCUUCAGGAAUUGCCUUUUACACGAAGGAAAAAACGAAAACGAAAACGGAAAUUACCAAUUUCAACAACGCAUAUCCAACGGGACUUCCAUAAUGCGUAAUUCGAGUAGGAAAGAUUUAACACCCUUAAUGAACGCCGUUAACAAAUUAGAUUCCGAUGAAAAACAACCGUGGAUUUAUUCCGUGAUCCAAAAUCAAGAAAAAUUAGACGAAAUCGAAAACGGAAACGAUAACGAACGAAACGUCUUACUCCAAUUGAAACGCGAAAACACGGUCAAAGAUAUAACGCAAAAAUUAGCGAAUCAAAACAUACUCAACAGUCCUUCGGAAGAAAAAAUAAACAGGAUCGGAGAUAUGUCGGGAUUGAUAUCGAAGGCUAAGGAAGGUCUGGCGAAAAGUAAAUCGAAAAUUGAAAUAAUCAAGAGUCCGACUAACGAAAAUCUCGCUAAAACCGAAGCGAAAAAAUCAGAAAACGAACUUCGUUGGGAGGAAUUAACGGCGAACCUUAACAGAUCAUUAAAUUUAUGCGAUAUGGAUUUCACCGAUCUGGGUAGCGACGACGAAGUGGAUAUAUUAGCCCCGGUUACUGUAUCCAACGGAAUACCCCCACCGCCGCCUCCUCUUAAAGAUAUAUGCACCGCACCGCCUCCACCUCCUAGGGUAGCGCCACUGGCACCUGCCCCGCCGACGUUCAAUCACCAAAGGACUUGUAAAACGGCCGAAACGAAAAUACCCAUCAAGAAAAAUAAGAAAACCGUCAAAUUGUUUUGGAAAGAAGUCAGGGAUGAUCCGAUUACGCAUUUGAAAUUGAAAACCGGUUUCAUAUGGGAUGAACUGUCGCCGGUUAAUGUGGAUACUCAAAAACUGGAACACCUUUUCGAAUCUAGGGCAAAGGAUCUUAUCACUAAAAAACAACAAGAAAUGAACAAAAACAAAGAAAUAAUCGUACUGGAUCCGAAACGUUCGAACGCUAUAAACAUCGGCAUGACGAAACUCCCGCCGCCUCGUUCGAUCAAAACCGCCAUAUUAAAAAUGGACGCGACGAUCAUGAACCGCGAAGGCAUCGAAAAACUCCUCACGAUGUUACCGACAGAAGAAGAACGAACCAAAAUCCAAGAAGCUCAAGCCGCUAAUCCGGAAAUUCCUCUAGGUAGCGCCGAACAAUUUCUGCUUACGCUCGCCUCCAUUUCCGAAUUACCGGCCAGAUUGAAACUUUGGGCUUUCAAAUUAGAUUUCGAAAAUUCCGAAAGGGAAAUCGCCGAACCUCUGAUGGAUCUCAAACAGGGUUUCGAAGUAUUGAAAGUGAAUAAAACGUUCAGGGGGAUAUUGAGCACACUAUUAUCCGUCGGGAAUUUCUUGAACGGGAACGAAGUGAAGGGAUUUCAGAUCGAGUACCUCGCCAAAGUACCUGAAGUUAAGGAUACAGUUCAUAAACAUUCUCUGCUGCAUCAUCUUUGUCAUAUCGUUAUGGAGAAAUUUCCGGACGCCACUGAUUUGUAUUCGGAGAUUGGUGCAAUUACCAGGGCUUCCAAAAUCGAUUUCGACGAACUAGCUUUAAAUAUCCAAAGACUCGAAUCGGACUGUAAAGCCUCAUGGGACCACCUGAAAUUAAUUGCUAAACAUGACGGUUCCACCAUGAUGAAAGUGAAAAUGUCUGAUUUUUUAUCAGAUUGUGCUGAAAGGAUUAUUCUAUUGGGAAUCGUACACAGACGAAUCAUCAACAGAUUCCACAAGUUUUUACUUUGGUUAGGGAUACCGAUACAUCAAAUUUCCGACACCAAACCAAACGAGUUUUGUAGAAUCGUAUCUGAAUUCGCUUUAGAAUACAGAACGACACGAGAACGAGUACUUCAACAACUAGAAAAAAAAGCUAAUCACAGAGAGAGAAACAAGACCAGAGGAAAAAUGAUUACGGACGUUGGUAAAUUUAGGUCGAAAGAAGAUAGAGCUGACGCGGAAUUAAGACAACUAUUAGGUAGCGAUAUGUCGGACGUAGAAAGUCUACAAGGUACUUUACCUUGGAGGAGAACGCGCAAAGACGGCAACAGAUCUUUUUUGAGUCCUGGUAACGGCAAUUUGACUGAUGGAGACGACGAACUUAUCGAAACGUUGGUGAAAACCGCAACCAAAGCUCCUUCGACAAGAACAGCGCCUAGAGAAAGGAAAAGAACCAGGCACGCCGACAGAAAAUCUCUAAAAAGGUCUAGAACUAGGGAAAAUAACCCGUUUGGUAGCAGAGAUUCUCCUUGAAAUAAUCGACUUUGUUCGCAGAACGCUGAAAAACGGUUUAUCCGAAGAAGAGAAAAAUCAUCUGUCAGCUUUCAUUAAAGGAUAUUGAAAAAAAAAUUAUAGAAAUCAGUUGGAAAUCAAAAAGUGCUGUGUCCUAUUAAAAAAUUUUCAUGAAUUCACCAUUAAAACGGGCUAGUUCCACAAUACGAAUCGAAAUUACAGAGAAAACAAAUCGACAAAACAAACCUUCGUGAAAAUGUCUUAAUCUUUUCUAUAGGGUGGUUAGAGCGUGAUUUAACUUGUCAACGCUAUUUCACUCUUGUAGUUUUUCUUCUUUUUUAAUCUUUAGUUUCGUCUCUGGUUAAAUAGAUGACGUAAUCGGUGUAGGAAUACAAAUAUGGCGUCGUUAAUGUGAAUUACUACUGUUAUAGCUUUUUUUAAAUAUACAUCAAUAGUUUUUGCGCAAACUGUAUCAUAAUUUGAAAUAAUAGUUGUGGAACUAUCUUUACAACAUCUGUUAAUAAGUUGUAAACAUUUUUUUUAUACUGAAUUUGUUAUGUGAUACUAUUAUGGCUGCUCACUCAUCUCGUUGUUUUUUUUACUAUUAUUUAUGUGUACUUAGUUAGAUAUUUUUUUUUAGUUUAUUACGAUUUAGCUUCUUAUUUAUUAUUUUUUUAUAAGGGACGAGAAACAGCUGUUAACACUUUUUUUUAAUAACAGAAAGCGUCUUUUAAGUUGCUUCUAGUCUUCAAUUAUCAACUUCAAAACGUGAUUUUAGCUUCUGGCUUCGAUAUUUGAAAUGCUUUUUUAUGUAUGGUCGGUAAAUAAGCGUUCAUAAAAAUUAAAAAAAAAAUGGAUCAUAUUUUUUUUUUGUUAUUAAUUUAGAAAAUCCAACAAAAUCCAGAAGUUAAAAUCGAUCUGAAUAGAAAAAAUUACUCACUAAUCAGAAAAUUAUUACAUUAUCCAUGGAUGAUUAUCGUAAUUAUAGCAAGGAUCAUUCAUAACUUCCUUUAUCCUUAUUUUGAUUGUAAGGAGAUUUAAUGGCAUGAAAAAUGUACAUUUAUUAUUAAUUUCGAUAAAAAAACAUCCGCCUCUUUUAUUAUAGGUUCCUUUUUUAUCUUAUUUCUUUUUUUUAAUGCUGUGUUUUAUGUUAUUUUCGAUUUAGUAUGUACUUGUUCAAAAUGUAUAAUAAAAUCAGUUUUUGUUAAA